GUAUUUUGUUGAAAUCAUCUUAUGUACAAUAAUAUUGAACUUGGAUUUAAUUUUCCUUUUGGAUGUUGAUUUCACAAUAUUGAAUUUAUGCUGUACAUGCAUAUAAACUUUUCAAAAAAAUGACUCUCACCUUUGCCAAAAUUCUUAGGGACUAUGUCGACGUUUUGGAUGACUGGCAAAGAGAAGUUGACAAUAUUAGAAAAAUGCACCAUGAGAUAUGGAAAGAAAGCAGGUUUUAUCCUAUUGUUAAACAACAUAGAGCAGGAAGCCGCGUAGAAAAGCAGUGUCGCAUCCUUCCAAUGGGAAAACAAACUGAUGUAGAUUAUAAAUUUGAAGUAACAGGAAUAACUGUUGAAAUUAAAAAAAGAUCAGGACUCUUCUGGAAAGUUAGUGCACUAUCAAAAGCACAUGGAAAAAUAUUUGUGACGAAAGAAACUAAAAACGAACUUAUGAACAAGCCACACUAUUCUGAGAUAUUCACAGAAAGCGUGUUUGUUUGGAACAUGGAGGAGGAAGCAUAUUUGUUGUUGCCAGGGCCCUUCAAAGAGAAGGUGGUAGAGAUGAGUAAAUUCGAAUAUCAGAAGGAUGUCAGACCACCAGUGAACAGUCCCUCAGUCCCCGGGCAGGGGGCCGUGAAUGUGUACGAUAUUGUCCCUUGCUUGAGAAUCUCUCAGUGGCCACCCAGUGUCCGCAAAUGGACGGAAGACAAUUGUUCUGACCAAAAAGCUUUGAACAAGACAUUUCGGUCAAACAUAGCAAAGACCGAGUCGCUAUUUGUAGUCCCAGCGGGGAAUCCGACGUCUCAGGAAAAAGAUCUUGAGUUCAGGCUCUCUUUCUCUCUUCUGGAGGUCAAAUGCUUCGAGGAACUUUCCUCUUAUGCAAGGAAACUGUAUGGCUUGGUAAAAUAUGUCUUUAAAACGAAAUUAGAAUGCAUAGAUUUACUGGAUUCUUACCAUAUUAAAAGCCUUUACUUUGACAUGAUUGAUAAAGAAGAAUGGAGUUCUCAUGAUUAUUUAAAGGAUCUACUGCAUUUCUUUACAAUUGUAGAAAAUGCUUGCAAGAAUGAAACAGUUAAACAUAUC